AUGAUGCUUUUCAUCCAUGCCUCUCUCCCGGUGCAUUCUGAAUCCGACUCCAUUAUUUGGAAUUUGGAAAAAUCCAGCAUCUUCUCAGUUCGAUCCCUAUACAAUUUCCUUAUCAAUAGCAGAUCUGCCUCUAUCAAGUACACUCCUCAUUUCUGCUGGAAAUAUCCCGUUCCUCCUAAGUUGUCGGCUUUUACUUGGCUUGUCUGCAAAAAGAAGAUUCUUACAAUCGACAACCUCAGGAAAAGAGGUAUGGUUUUAACAAACAUAUGCCUUUGCUGUAUGCGUGACGAGGAAUAUGUCAACCACCUGUUGCUUCACUGCCCCUUCAUUUCAGAAAUUUGGCCGGAUCUUCUUUUGCGCUUCAACAUGUCUUGGGUCUUUCCCAAUUCGGUCGAUCUCCUUAUCCUUGCAUGGAACGGGGUGGAUUGCAACAAGUAUUUUACUCAUCUUUGGAGGAUGGCUAUUCUAGCAAUUUGGUGGUCUGUUUGGGAAGAAAGAAACAGGAGAUGCUUUACUGAUUCUUCCAAUUUUGCUCAGGUGGUUGCGUCCAGGGCCAAGCGCAGUUUAAUUGAGUGGGCUUCCAUUGAUGACAAGCUCAGAGAUUGUGGUCUGCAGUUCUUGGGGACUUAG